AUGCCCAGCCUGACGUAUCGUGUCAAACCACAACAACCACAGCCGCAUAACCCGAGAAAACACCAAAGGGGAAGCCCGUCAGUUGACAGCUUGGAAGAGCGGCCGGGUUCGACAGAGGAGAGACACUGCAAGAGGAUCUCGGGUGAUUCCGGUUAUGGGUCGGAUACGCGGCGACGAAGUCGUGACCGGAGCGGAGACUCUUCUGAGUAUCAGGACGUGAGGAUCGGAGACGUCAAGAUUCAUGUGGAAUCGGGGUCCGAAAUCCUCAUUCGCCGCUGUCCAUCACCCCAGUCGGACAGUGACGAGACCUUGGGCGUCCCGCGGCGACGCAAGAGGCAUCUGCGUAGACAUAGCGCCACUGUCGCUACUACUUCGCCGAAUGACCCAGCUGCUGCACCGCAAGAGGUUGGACUUGCGACGCAGAAGACGAAGACAUGCGAGGCACUUGAUCUCUCCAUUUCCAUUAAAGGGCUGCGGCGAAUGAAGGGAACUACAACUCUGCGCGACCCAGUUGGCAGUCAACAACCCCCAACAUCGAAAAUCAGGAUUAUGAGACGGCCCAUGGGCAUGAAAGUGCCCAGCAUCCCUUCAAAAAACAUUCCGCCUCCGAGCCUACAUCUCGACACUUCAAUUAAACCUCGCGCACAGCUUGAACGGCCCAUUCAGCCCACCUCACUGAAAAUGCCGCGACCUGUCUCCGGCCCGCCCAACCUCCCUCUCAAUUGGCACGCAAACCUGACACCUAGGCCAUCUUUCCUUGCCGUCGAAGAGCAGUCCGACUCUGCCAACGACAGUGGAGAUGAAUCAUCCAUCGAGUCGAGCGUCUUCUCAGUCCCAGACUCCCCCGUGGAGCCAUGUCAAUUGAACCGGGAUGAUCCGUUAGCGUCGCACAUGGACGUCAUUGUCGGCAACAUCUUCCAACGCUACCAAGAAUGGAACGUCCGCGAAAGGGGCGGACAGGGCCGACGAGCCUCGGGCCAGCGCGUCAAUACCAACACGCCUGAUUCGGGUCGUUCAUCGAGAAAACGCUCGCACUCCGACGACCUUCCCGAUCAAGACGCCUCAGAUGGCGGGGACUCGAAUGUGAUGCCGGGGUUCAAGAAGCCAAAAGUCCCAGCAAGCACUUCGAAGUUGAUGUUUGCGUGCCCCUUUUGGAAAAACGACCCCGAUAACCACCGCCAGUGCUACAAAAAGGUCCUUAGCCAGAUCAAGUACGUCAAAAGCCACCUCUAUCGGUUCCACGCCGCGCCCAUCACCUGUCCCUGCUGCGGCGCCGCCUUCCAAGACGAGGAGACACGGGACCAGCACGCGCGUGCACGGCGCUGUGAGGUAGUCAGCGAGGGGUACAUUCCCAGCCACGAGGGCCUCUCCCAGGGUCGGAUGCGACAGGUCUCGAAGCGCGCGAACCCGAGCCACAGUCCGGAGGAGCAGUGGUUCACCAUCUGGGAUAUCGUGUUUCCUUCAAAGCCGCGGCCGUCGUCGCCGUACAUCGAUGGCGUGCUGUCGGAGGACCUCUGCAGCCUACGAGAAUUCUAUACCAGUAUUGGGACAGACAUGAUGCUGGAUUACCUAGCCUCCCGAGACCCCGACUUCGCAAACGACGAAAGGAGGGCCACCAUGUACGACCGCGUCGCAUUCAACCAACUACAGGAAAGGAUCUACGAGGCAUGGAUGGCGCGUCGCGGUCUCCGACAGAUCCACGAUGCCAACAUCUCCACGACGCCGCCGCGCACAGAGUCCGAUGAAGCAAGCAGGGCCUCCCCAGCUAACGGCCAGCAGCAGCAGCAAAACUCACAGGAGGAGGCGACGACUAUGAUACAACCCACGCCAGUGCCGCCGGAUGUGGCCGUACAGUUUACAGGCCAGGAUUUUGGAGAGGCUGAUUUUAGUCGCGAUGAUAUGUAUUACGACACGCAUACGCAGGCGUUGUUUGCUGAUUUAAAUGGCUUGUUGCCUGGUGCUGGGCGGGCGGAGUUUGACCAAGGUGGAUUUGGACCGCCAUAUAUAAGGUAA